AUGGGACUGAUGCCCAGUGCUGGAGCUCUGGUGGGGAGGUUCCAGGAUGGGACUGAUGCCCAGUACUGGAGCUCUGGUGGGGAGGUUCCAGGAUGGGACUGAUGCCCAGUGCUGGAGCUCUGUCCACCCAGGAUUUCUUGGCAGUGGGCACCUAUGUUUGGUAGUGCCACCAUGUCUAUAGGUCGCAUGAGGAAUGAUCAUAAACACGUACUUUCACUACUGGCAGUCUGUGCUGCAUUUCUCCAUUACGACUUUGUGAUGCAGAUGUCAAAUAACGCAUAUAGAUAGUAAGUCUCACCUCGGAAGCAUUCACUCCUUUAUGACUAAUGUGUUUGUCGUGGUGAUAAACGUUUGUUUCUCACUUCAGGUUUUCAUUAUAGUUGAAAAUGUGUGUUCAAAUAAAUAUUUGACAACCACAGAUCAAAAUAAGUGUUUUGUUCAAUGAGGAAGUAGUGUAUUUAAUUGGAAAAGGGCUUACCAAGAAAAACUUCCAAAAUGACUAAUUCGACGUAUAACUAAUUCGACGUAGAAAGAGGUUGGAGCACUCAACAACAAAAAAAAAGCAGAGAUGUAUUUAUUUUAGCUCACUUUAAUCCAUAUAGUGUGUUUCACUGUUUUAUGCAGUGUAAUUUACACCAGUGAUGUAUCACUGCCAAAGGAAUAGUCGUCUGCUCUCACACAUUGGUGUCAUACAGUAUUAUGCCAAUGUUCAGAAUGUCUCCCCUGCGUGGUCCUAGUGAUAUAAACCGAGGCCAGAUAUUUCAUCCCCUAGACUAGUAGUUCAAUUUACAAUUAGUAAAUUGGGGCCUCCUGUAGCUCAGUUGGUAGAGCAUGGCGCUUGCAACGCCAGGGUUGUGGGUUCGUUUCCCACAGGGGGCCAGUAUGAAUAAUGUAUGCACUCACUAACUGUAUGUCGCUCUGGAUAAGAGCGUCUGCUAAAUGACUAAAAUGUAAAAAUGUAAGUAGAGUAAUCUGAUCCUAGAUCUGUAGUUAAAGGCUACUUCUGCCUCAGUGUGUUUCUGAAUGUAUUGUACACUGAACAAAAAUAUAAACGCAACAUGUGAAGUGUUGGUCCCAUGUUUCAUGUGCUGAAAUAAAAGAUCCCAGAAAUGUUCCAUACACACAAAAAAACACAUUUAUCUCAAAUUUGUUUACAUGCCUGUUAGUGAGCAUGUAUCUUUUGCCAAGAUAAUCCAUCCACCUGACAGGUGUGGCAUUUCAAGAAGCUAAUUAAACAGCAUGAUCAUUACACAGGUGCACCUUGUGCUGGGGACAAUAAAAAGCCACUCUAAAAUGUGCAGUUUUGUCAUGCAAUACAAUGCCACAGAUGUCUCAAGUUGAGGGAGAGUGCAAUUGGCAUGCAGACUGCAGGAAUGUCCACCAGAGCUGUUGCCAGAUAAUUUAAUGUUCAUUUCUCUACCAUAAGCUACCUCCAACGUCGUUUUAGAGAAUUUGGCAGUAUGUCCAACUGGCCUCACAACCGCAGACCAUGUGUAACCACGCCAGCCCAUGACCUCCACAUCCAGCUUCUUCACCUGCGGGAUCAUCUGAGACCAGCCACCCGGACAGCUGAUAGAACUGUGGGUCUGCACAACCAAAUAAUUUCUGCACAAACUGUCAGAAACCGUUUCGGUGAAGCUCAUCUGCAUGCUCGUCGUCCUCACCAGGGUCUUGACCUGACUGCAGUUUGGCAUCGUAACUGACUUAAGUGGGCAAAUACUCACCUUCGAUGGCUACUGGCACGCUGGAGAAGUGUGCUCUUCACGGAUGAAUCUCGGUUUCAACUGUACCCUCCAAAGAUUUUCUAUGGGGUUGAGAUCUGGAGACUGGCUAGGCCACUCCAGGACCUUGAAAUGCUUCUUACGAAGCCACUCCUUCGUUGCCCGGGCGGUGUGUUUGGGAUCAUUGUCAUGCUGAAAGACCCAGCCACGUUUCAUCUUCAAUGCCCUUACUGAUGGAAGGAGGUUUUCACUCAAAAUCUCACGAUACAUGGCCCCAUUCAUUCUUUCCUUUACACGGAUCAGUCGUCCUGGUCCCUUUGCAGAAAAACAGCCCCAAAGCAUGAUGUUUCCACCCCCAUGCUUCACAGUAGGUAUGGUGUUCUUUGGAUGCAACUCAGCAUUCUUUGUCCUCCAAACACGACGAGUUGAGUUUUUACCAAAAAGCUCUAUUUUGGUUUCAUCUGACCAUAUGACAUUCUCCCAAUCCUCUUCUGGAUCAUCCAAAUGCUUUCUAGCAAACUUCAGACGGGUCUGGACAUGUACUGGCUUAAGCAGGGGGACACAUCUGGCACUGCAGGAUUUGAGUCCCUGGCGGCGUAGUGUGUUACUGAUGGUAGGCUUUGUUACUUUGGUCCCAGCUCUCUGCAGGUCAUUCACUAGGUCCCCCCGUGUGGUUCUGGGAUUUUUGCUCACCGUUCUUGUGAUCAUUUUGACCCCACGGGGUGAGAUCUUGCGUGGAGAUCUUGCGUCUUGGCCAUAGUGGAGUUUGGAGUGUGACUGUUUGAGGUUGUGGACAGGUGUCUUUUAUACUGAUAACAAGUUCAAACAGGUGCCAUUAAUACAGGUAACGAGUGGAGGACAGAGGAGCCUCUUAAAGAAGAAGUUACAGGUCUGUGAGAGCCAGAAAUCAUGCUUGUUUGUAGGUGACCAAAUACUUAUUUUCCACCAUAAUUUGCAAAUAAAUUCAUAAAAAAUCCUACAAUGUGAUUUUCUGGAAUUUUUUUUCUCAAUUUGUCUGUCAUAGUUGACGUGUACCUAUGAUGAAAAUUACAGGCCUCUCUCAUCUUUUUAAGUGGGAGAACUUGUACAAUUGGAGGCUGACUAAAUACUUUUUUCCCCCACUGUAUUCAAUGGUAGUGAAGUCUUGAUUCUGAGGAGAGGAGUGGCGCAGCGGUCAACUCUGUCCACCUUGACCCAGACUGUGGCUUUCUCCAGUUGUUCAAUGGCUUGGUGGUCUUGCUUUGACCGGAUUGCUACCUUCUCACUCUUCUGAGGGACCACAUUGAGUUGCCAAAGCCUUUCUAUAUGUCAGAGUUUCUCAGUAGUUGGGGAACUGAGGGAUGUAAAGAGGAACUGGUCAGUAUUGGGAGUCUCAAUGUCUUUAGCUAGACCCUGGAGUGUCCAUCCUAGUAGGGGUUUGAUGACUGCAGGUACUCCAGGGGGGCCUAGUCUUACUGGGACGAUUGGGGCAAUGAGAUGAGUGUGGUUGGCACCGAUGAGUAGCAGGGGGGAGGCAUGAGUGAUGGGAGUUAGAGGUAGUCCUCAACGAUGUUGGUACCUUCUCUUGAGGGAUGCGGUCGGUUGGUUCUUUUUUGGCAAGGGCAAGCAGCUCUACUCUGAAGGCAUCUCUUAUUUGGAAAGGCUGUCCUGGAUGUGAGGCCAAGGUUAGCUCGAAUGAUACCGUGGAGCCCUGAAGGGUUUCGACCUCUUGUCUCACGCUCCGCAGUGUUAGUUCUUCAGCCUCACCCUGUAGCUGGAGAUGGCAGGCAGAUGGUUGUAGGAGAAUGAUCCGAGAGAACCAAUCAUCGAGGAUUGCAUAGGUGUCAAGGGAUCUUUCUUUGUUGUGGAGGGUUACCUUGACUAGUUUAAGGAGAACUCUGUUGCUGGUACUGGGUCGGUCAAGGUACAGGGUCUAUACAGGGGAGUUGACCACUUGCUUGGACACUGAUUGACCUUGCAUAGAAUUUGUAGGUGUUUGGUAGGGAUGGUUGGAUCGGAGGCACCAUACUUUGCAGAUAGGUUGGGGGCACUACAGGCUGAGUAUCGGCGGGAGGAAGCUUUGCUGGGGCCGGUUGGUGAGUCUGGGCCGGAGCCUGCUGAGGAGGCCGGAGUGGAGCCUGCUGAGGAGGCCAGGGUGGAGCCUGCUGUGCUGAGGAGGCCGGAGUGGAGCCUGCUGUGCUGAGGAGGCCGGAGUGGAGCCUGCUGUGCUGAGGAGGCCGGAGUGGAGCCUGCUGUGCUGAGGAGGCCAGAGUGGAGCCUGUUGUGCUGAGGAGGCCGGAGUGGAGCCUGAAGCUGGAACUAUUUUAACCACUGCCUCUGUAUCUGCCUUAAUGGAUUGUUGCUCCCAGAUUCUGUUGGCUUGUAAGGUCGGUAGGUAGGGUUAGGAAGGAUGUGGUGGUGUUGGAGGGAGAUAGAGAAAAUACAUAUCAGGAGCAAAUCAACAUAAAAGUGCACAAACUAAGAAGUAGUGUCGGGUGAAUUAACAAGAAAGAAAUGGGCAUAGCGGUCAAAAUGUAAUAAACUUAGAAAACUGCCAAAUAUUAACUAGAACAAAAGGAACACAUGGCACACAAAAUGAGAGCAUGAAUAGCAUCAAAAAGGUGUAUAACAGACUAGAGAAAUUGGCAGCAUAAUACAUACUGUAUUUAGAAAUGGCACUUACAUAUGUGACCGACCAUCCCUUUUCGGUCUUAUGUUAAAACAUUUGAAAUGGUGUUUUCUACAUUGGAUAAAAGUACAGACUCAGAGCUUUACAUUUGCUUUAAUAGUUGAUAAACUUGUAACCCCACUUUUGAGAAAAUGGCCCUUGAAUGUUUUGGUACACCUACUGGAGAGCUCUUCUUUGUCUACACCCAUUCAGCAUCAUUCACAUCCUCUUAAGCCUUAGCCCCACCCAUCUCUUUAAGGAGUCACAUGUGAGGCCAUGUGCUAAACAGAGUGAGUAAGUAUACAAGUGUAGUAAACAACCACAGAUUUCAAGACUAAAAGUGGUGAAAGUAGUAGCCUACAAUAAGGAAAAACUCCAGGGAAAAAUGCACUUUAUCUAGUCCUAUAUCCCAAUCUGACUUUGUUGCAGGUCAUGUUGUUCUUCACAUGACUGUCUCAGGGAAAUACACACUAAUCAAAUCAAAGUGUAUUUGUCACAUGCACCGGAUACAGAAGGUGUAAAUGAUACAGUGAAAUGGUUACUAGCAAUGUCAAAAAUAGAAAGUAUCAACAUACAUUUUUUUUAUAAUUAUUAGAUAAGGCUUACCAAGACACACUUGUCUAAGUGUAUAGAUGGGUCAUGUGAAAGACUGGCUAUAACUAACCCCCAGCCACAUCUAGCUAAGUGGAUGGGUCUCUAUUGCCUAGACCUGUUCACAUGAAAUACAAUAGCUGGCCAUAUCACCCCCAGACACACCUGGUCCAUCACAACUUUUUCCCACUGAUCUUUGUCGAUAGCGCCUUCUAAAUUCAGGGCAGCAAUGAUGUUGAGAGCAGUAGAAACACUUUUGCAGUUCUCAGUGGCUAUAAUCUUUCAAAAAAAGCCGCGGGAGCAAGGAUUAUCUACACAUACUGAGCAGCUCAUGCUAUAGACAGAAGCCAGCAACAUGGCAGACCAAUCAAAACUCAUCUCUUCGGCCCAUCCAUUAUCUCAGCCAAUCAAAUCAAAUCAAACUUUAUUUGUCACAUGCGCCGAAUACAACCUUAUCGUGAAAUGCUUACUUACAAGCCCUUAACCAACAAUGCAGUUCAAGAAAGAGUUAAGAAAAUAUUUUACAAAUAAACUAAAGUAAAAAAUAAUAAAAAGUAACAAUAAAAUAACAAUAACGCGGCUAUAUACAGGGGGUACUGGUACCGAGUCAAUGUGCGGGGGUACAGGUUAGUCGAGGUAAUUUGUACAUGUAGGUAGGGGUAAAGUGACUUGGCGCUCCGGUACCGCUUGCCGUGCGGUAGCAGAGAGAACAGUCUUUGACUUGGGUGACUGGAGUCUUUGACAAUUUUUUGGGCUUUCCUUUGACACUGCCUAGUAUAUACAGUUGAAGUCGGAAGUGUACAUACACUUAGGUUGGAGUCAUUAAAACUCAUUUUUCAACCACUCCACACAGUUCUUGUUAACAAACUAUAGUUUUGGCAAGUCGGUUAGGACAUCUACUUUGUGCAUGACACAAGUAAUUUUUUCAACAAUUGUUUACAGACAGAUUAUUUCACUUAUAAUUCACUGUAUCACAAUUCCAGUGGGUCAGAAGUUUACAUACACUAAGUUGACUGUGCCUUUUAAACAGCUUGGAAAAUUCCAGAAAAUGAUGUCAUGGCUUUAGAAGCUUCUGAUAGGCUAAUUGACAUAAUUUGAGUCAAUUGAAGGUGUACCUGUGGAUGUAUUUCAAGGCCUACCUUCAAACUCAGUGCCUCUUUGCUUAACAUCAUGGGAAAAUCAAAAGAAAUCAGCCAAGACCUCAGAAAAUAAAUUGUAGACCUCCACAAAUCUGGUUCAUCCUUGGGAGCAAUUUCCAAACGCCUGAAAGUACCACGUUCAUCUGUACAAACAAUAGUACGCAAGUAUAAACACCAUGGGACCACGCAGCUAUCAUACCGCUCAGGAAGGAGAUGCGUUCUGUCUCCUAGAGAUGAACGUACUGUGGUGCGAAAAGUGCAACUCAAUCCCAGAACAACAGCAAAGGACCUUGUGAAGAUGCUGGAGGAAACAGGUACAAAAGUAUCUAUAUCCACAGUAAAACGAGUCCUAUAUCGACAUAACCUGAAAGGCCGCUCAGCAAGGAAGAAGCCACUGCUCCAAAACCGAUAUAAAAAAGCCAGACUACGGUUUGCAAGUGCACAUGUGGACAAAGAUCGUACUUUUUGGAGAAAUGUCCUCUGGUCUGAUGAAACAAAAAUAGAACUGUUUAGCCAUAAUGACCAUCGUUAUGUUUGGAGGAAAAAGGGGGAUGCUUGCAAGCCGAAGAACACCAUCCCAACCGUGAAGCACGGGGGUGGCAGCAUCAUGCUGUGGGGGUGCUUUGCUCCAGGAGGGACUGGUGCACUUCACAAAAUAGAUGGCAUAAUGAGGAAGGAAAAUUAUGUGGAUAUAUUCAAGCAACAUCUCAAGACAUCAGUCAGGAAGUUAAAGCUUGGUCGCAAAUGGGUCUUCCAAAUGGACAAUGACCCCAAGCAUACUUCCAAAGUUGUGGCAAAAUGGCUUAAGGACAUCAAAGUCAAGGUAUUGGAGUGGCCAUCACAAAGCCCUGACCUCAAUCCUGUAGAAAAUGUGUGGGCAGAACUGAAAAAGCGUGUGCAAGCAAGGAGGCCUACAAACUUGACUCAGUUACACCAGCUCUGUCAGGAGGAAUGGGCCAAAAUUCACCCAACUUAUUGUGGGAAGCUUGUGAAAUGCUAUCCGAAACGUUUGACCCAAGUUAAACAAUUUAAAGGCAAUGCUACCAAAUACUAAUUGAGUGUUUGUAAACUUCUGACCCACUGGGAAUGUGAUGAAAUAAAUAAAAUCAGAAAUAAAUCAUUCUCUCUGCAAUUAUUCUGACAUUUCACAUUCUUAAAAUAAAGUGGUGAUCCUAACUGACCUAAGACAGGGAGUUUUUACAAGGAUUAAAUGUCAGACAUUUUGAAAAACUGAGUUUAAAUGUAUUUGGCUAUGGUGUACGUAAACUUCCGACUUCAACUGUAGGUUCUGGAUGGCAGGAAGCUUGGCCCCAGUGAUGUACUGGGCUGUACGCACUACCCUCUGUAGCGCCUUAUGGUCAGAUGCAGAGCAGUUGCCAUACCAGGCGGUAAUGCAACCGGUCAGGAUGCUCUUGAUGGUGCAGCUGUAUAACCUUUUGAGGAUCUGGGGACCUAUGCCAAAUCUUUUCAGUCUCCUGAGGGGGAAAAGGUGUUGUCGUGCCCUCUUCACGACUAUCUUGGUGUGUUUGGACCAUGAUAGUUUGUUGGUGAUGUGGACACCAAGGAACUUGAAACUCUCGACCCGCUCCACUACAGCCCCGUCGAUGUUAACGGGGGCCUGUUCGGCCCGCCUUUUCCUGUAGUCCACGAUCAGCUCCUUUGUCUUGCUCACAUUGAGGGAGAGGUUGCUGUCCUGGCACCAUACUGCCUGGUCUCUGACAUCCUCCCUAUAGGCUGUCUCUUCGUUGUCGGUGAUCAGGCCUACCACUGUUGUGGCUAGCAGGAAGGUUCCUGUCUUUUUACGUGGCUAAAUCAACUAGGCUCGUAAUUUAACAAUUGUAUUCGUAUUUACAGAUAUUAAUGCACAUGAAAGUUCACGUUGAAGAAGGCAUAUCUGUAAAACAAUUAUGAAAAAAAGGUUUUUACGUUCUCCUGUGAAGUAGUGACGCCCGUCAUACGCCCAGUUAUCUGAAACGGGGCACCUACUGUAUAAACACUACGGUAAUGUAAUACAUAAGGCUCCGACUGAUUGUUUCACGCACAGAAGGGAAGGAAGAGAAUGUCUCCCGUGGCAACCUGGAACAUCUGGCAUCGCCAUCAAAGGAUUUGUUGUGGAGGAAGGAAAGAAGGUGAGGAGUGAGGAAAAAGGUUGUGGAGUGGUGAUUUGGGAGUGACAACAGGUGUGGGAACAGGUGUAGUGGGAAGGGGCGUGGCCUUGACCAAUUUGGAGCAGUUAGUUAAUCUGCAGAGGAGUGGUCUUCAAUACAACACCAUUCCAUCCAUUAUUAUGAGCCGUCCUCCCCUCACCAGCCUCCUCUGGUGCACACACACACACAGAGGGAAUUCAAAGUGUGUUAACGGUGGUGGUUUCCACCUCACCGAUACUAACAGUCAUGUCAUGUGUGUCCUGUGGGUGGCCACCUCCACUGAGGGAAAUCCCAGUGACAGAAGCCAAUGUGUUUUCUGUUGGUGAUCAGUCAGGGUAAUCUCCUGGGUAGUGUCUCUGCUCUGCUCUCUGAUUCACAGACCUAGUGACCCCCCCCUCUAGAAAGUUCUGAUGGGGAGUGUUUCCAUAGAGAUGGUCAUUGUUUAUGGACACGAGGCCACACCCUGAUUACAUAUUGUGGGCAGUCAGAGCUCAAAGUCCAGACAAAGCAGGUCCCCCAACCUCUAUCUCUCUCUCUUUCUGUGUGUGAUGAACACAAAGCAGCAGUGCCCGUGGGUUUGGAAGUGGCUUCCAUAUUUGUGUGUGAAUGUGGUUUGUUAGAACUAGGUGUCAGACCUGGGUUAGCUGCUGAGAGGGUGGUCCUGCCAGCCAUGCAAACUGCAAUUACAUUAUGAGAGGUUCCAGUGGCUCAGGUACUAUUAGACUGAGGAGAAACAUUGAGCUGAAGCAAGCUGAAACAAUAUUGAAGUUUAUACAGCAGUUUUAUGCAUACAAACACAGACACAUAUUUAAACAUAAUAGUUUUCAGCUGAUUGGGCUACAUUCAUGGUGUCAAGUUUUUAAAGGCUUUCAAAGGUCUAUGCAAUUCCUGGAUGAAUGAUCUCUUUAGAGUCAAUGCAUUAGGUCAUUCAGUCAGCCAAUUUCUCUCUCAGAAUCGGAUGCGUGUUUGAGUGUGUGUGAUUACAUCUCUCAUAUCUUCAGGACACACAUACUUGUAAACAUGAAUAUCUCUUUGCUGUGACCGGAAAAUGACAAAGUGCAGGCCUAUUCAUGUUUGUGGCAGAUACAAUGCAGUCUAUUCCUUCCAUAGCAAAGUGCUCUCUGCAGAGUGUUUGUCUGGCAGAUCGCUGUAGUGGCUGUGUGUCACGAAUACAGCCGAGGCUGCCCCUCCUCCUUGCUCGGACAGGCUUCGGCGUUCGUCGUCACCGGAGUACUAGCUGCCACCGAUCGAUGUUUCUGUGUUACACUUGUCUUGUCUUUAUUAUUCACACCUGUUACCCAUUAUGCUUAUUUGUUUCCCUAUAAUUACCUCUGUUUUCCCUCCUGGGUUUGUGCGUGAUUGUCCGUUGUUUUACGUAGUUUGGUGAGCUGUUGGGCUGCUCUUCCCUGCGUGGAGGGUUGGUUAUGGUUUACUUUAGUUUGAGUAAAUCCAUUCAUUUCUCAGUUCUGUGUCCUGCGCCUGAUUUCCGUUUCACCACUUCACCCAGACGUUGACACUGUGGGUGUGCGUGCUUGCACGUGGGUGGGUGGGUGCGUGCGUGUAAUAGUCUAGCAAUGGCCUGGUGUUCUGGUGAACAGUGCUUUAAUACUCUCUGUGGAUUUUUAUCAGUGGAAAUCUCCGCCUGUUUCCUGUGCUAAGCCUAAAUAUUAUUUCCCCUUUGUCCACAUACACACACACUUACAUACACGCUAUCUCUGUUUCUCUUUCUCUCUCUCUCUCUCUCUCUCUAUGCAGCACGUGUCCUUUAGUCCUUCAGUUAUAUUUGCCUCAUUACGUUGCACCUAAUACCUUUCAGAAGUGCGAUCGUCAGCACUUUUCAUAUUUAUAGUUUGAACCUUCAUAUCCCUUCUGUUGCACCUCGUUUAUGAUGCUGUCUCUUCCCUUCUGUUCCUCCCCCAUCUCCCUCCAUAUCACACUCUCCCCCCUGCUCUCUCCCCCCCCUCUCCAUCCCGCCUCUCCCUCCCCUCUGCCGCCCCCCCCUCCAUCCCGCCUCUGUCCCCUCCCUCCCUCCUCCACCUCUCUCCCCCCUCUCCCUCCCCUUUGUCCCCUCCCUCUCUCCUCCCCCUCUCUCCCCCCUCUCUAUCCCGCCUCUCCUUCCCCUCUGUCCCCUCCCUCUCUCCCCCUUUUCCCUCCCCUCUGGCCCCUCCCUUCCCUCUGUCUCCUCUCCCUCCCCUCUGUCCCCUCCCUCCCUCCUCCCCCUCUCUCUACUUAGAGCCAGACUGGGCAUCGGUGACUCUGGGCGUGUUUGUGUGCCAGGGCUGCUCCCUCCUCCACAGAGGCAUCCCCCACAUCAGCAGGGUCAAGUCCAUCCAGCAGGAGUCAUGGGAGACCUCAGAGGUGGAGGUCAGUAACCCUGCUGUACCAGAGGGGGAAGCGCGAGAGCAUGAUGGGAAUCUGUAUAUGAUAUUGCAUCACAUUGGUCCUAAUUAGAGUUGUUACCUAUUGCCAGUUGCAACCUGAUUUGAGAUCAGAUCUUGCCAUCCAACUUCUUAAGUCUGCCCAUUUUAGACCAAACACAAAAACUGACCCUCAAUCAGUUCCAGUAGUGUGUCUGGCACAUUGCCUUCUUUAGACUGGGAAGCCUAAUCCCCACAGGGACUUGUUCAUCUUUUCUAAAUGCAAUAAUAAUGUCAGCUCCAAGAGACCACCACUGAUGAGAUUUGGGGAGUGAAAGCCUUGAGGGAGAGUGAUUGACUAGGCAUCACCUUGGGGGAUAGAAGGGAUAGAGGAUUCUCAGAUUAAGAGGGAAACAUAAAGUUACAAUAAGAGAUCCCUGAGGGAAAGAUAAAGACAGAAAACAAGAUGCUUGGACUGCAAUUUAGUACUACUCUUAGUUUCCUUCCCGUAAGUAUCAGUCUUAAAAAUGCCCCUUAUGUGUUGUCAAUGCAUUAAUGGAUUUGUCCGUCUAUCGUCAGCUAAUGGCUGCCAUGGGUAAUGAAGCAGCCAAAGCUAAGUACGAACAGAAGGUUCCAGCAUUCUACUACAGACCCAAACACACAGACUGCAAGUAAGUCACUCUCGUCACUGAGUUAUAAUGAACUAACAACAGCGUUUGGUCCGUUGGUAUGUACACAGUAGUGGUAUACAAGGGAAUCACUGCUGUGUCGUGCUGUUACUGUAAAGCGUUUACUGUUUCACACCAGCACUGAAAUGUAACAUGCUGCAGUACUUCUUCUUCCUGUGUGUGUGUGUGUGUGUGUGUGUGUGUGAGUGAAAGAGAGAGAAAGAUAAUGAGGUUAAAGUGUGACUAUCAGGGUUGGGGUCAAUUCCAAUUCAUUUGAAAUUCCAAUUCAAUAUUGGAAUUAACUUAUGAAGUGGAGAAUUAACAUUGAAUUCAAUUAGAAUUUCAGCAAUCUUAAAGUUAUGGAAUUGGAAAUAGAAUUAGACUGUUUGGACUGUUUAAAUUGGAAUUUAAUUGGAAUUGUAAAAAUAUUUAAUAUUUGAAAUUUAAUUGAAAUGGAAUUCAAUAUUUGUACAUUUGCCAGUUAAUGGCAUUAAUGCACUUAGUAUAAAAAACUGACUGCAUGAUUUGUUUUAAAUCAUUUCAACUUGUAUUUCUAUAUUUCCAGUAUAGCUAAGCUGUCUGAACAGUGACAUGAUCACCCUGAAAGCCUGAGGGAAUUGAAUUCGAAUUGGAAUUUGGGGAAUUGUUGGGGACAAUAUUGAAUUAGGAAUUUAAUUAUUGGAAUUUACCUAACAUUGGAAUUGAGAGGAAUUGAAUUAUCUCUGAAUUCAAAAUCCGAUUUAAAUGGAAUUGAAUUAGAAUUGAAUUUGUGGAAUUAAUCCCAUACCUGGUGACUACUACACUGCAGAUUUAUGCGUCUUGAAAAACAGUGUGUUCUCUGUGUGUCUGCGCCAUUACUCUUCUCUGUGGGUACUAAACCAACAAGCAUAUUACAUGUGAGAGGGGCGAUAGUGAGAGGCAUAUUUGUUUGUGUCAGUCGAAUGGAUUACUUGAAUUUAGGUAGCCUAGCAGUUAAGAGCAUUGGGCCAGUAACCGAAAGGUCACCGGUUCAAAUCCCCAAGCCAACUGUCAGUGUGCCCUCGAGCAAGACAUUUAACCCUAAUUGCUCUGGAUAAGAGCGUCUGCCAAAUGACGAAAAGCUGCAAAAUACUGUCUGACCAUACUGACAUGAUUAUAAGAGACAGAAAGAUGGGAACAUCUGAAAGAGCAGUUUUUAUACUGUAUGUAGGUCUAUCAGAGAGAGAGAGGAGAUGCUGUUGUUGGCAUGGCGAUGUUCUCCUCUUCACACACAACUAAAGAUAGAUCUUCUAUUAUUAAUCUGUUUACUCUCAUCAAUCUUUUUAUUGUGGAGUAAAGGAGAGAAGGAGUGUGUGCGUGUGCAUGUGUGUGUGUGCGUGCGCGGGCAAUGGAGGUGAAAGAAAAAGAGAAUCUGUCACAGCAAGAUUAGUAGAAAUGUGGCCUGUGUCCCAAACUCCCAACUUGUUAGGCCAUCAUUCGUUCAGCUAACAGCAUGGAACCUGUGCUAUAGCAAAUUCUGGGAGAAGGUGAAAGGCAUCCAUUGCUUCAUUGUGUUCCAGGCUACUGCGGGAGCAGUGGAUCCGAGCCAGGUAUGAGAGGAACGAAUUUGAGUUCAUCGAGAAACAGGAGCCUUACUCUGCAGGUGAGUUGACACAAAGGCUGUUACGGUGACCGUAUUACCGCCACACCAGUCAUGACAGCAGUCAAAUUCCACGUAACCGUUUAGUCAUGGUAAUUAGGCUUCUCAAAGCUCUGAUGCUGCUGCUGGUCAUUAUGAGCCUACCAGACUUGCUAACUGCCUGGUACCCCACACGCUAUUGUCCCUCUAAUCACUCUGACAUCAAUGCAAAAAUUAUUGGAAAUCUAAUCAAACACUUCAUGAGAGGCCAUGAGCUCAUGUUGCGCAAUGUUUCUAUAGGCUAUGCAAUUGCAUGAGAAAACAGAGUGAUGGCCUCUAUUAAAAAGCUUUCUAUAGGAUAGACCUACUAUAUUUAUUUCUCAACUUUCCUAAUAUUAAGCACAUUACUUCUAUUUACAACAGGAGUAUAGCCUACCUGGCUGGCAUGAAAAUGAACCAUGGGAAAAGCAUCCUCCAUUUGCUAUUUAAGUGCAUGUCUUUUUUUCCCCUGCUCCUGUUUUGAGACGGGUGCAUGAUAAUGGUCCAUUCUAAAUCAAAACAAAUUUCACACAUAUAUUAUUUAGUAUAUGUAAAGACAAGAUUAAAUCAAGAACAGUCUGAUGGGUGAUAAUAUUUGCCUAUCACUUGUGAAUUACAGUGGGGAGAACAAGUAUUUGAUACACUGCCGAUUUUGCAGGUUUUCCUACUUACAAAGCAUGUAGAGGUCUGUAAUUUUUAUCAUAGGUACACUUCAACUGUGAGAGACUGAAUCUAAAACAAAAAUCCAGAAAAUCACAUUGUAUGAUUUUUAAGUAAUUAAUUUGCGUUUUAUUGCAUGACAUAAGUAUUUGAUCACCUACCAACCAGUAAGAAUUCCGGCUCUCACAGACCUGUUCGUUUUUCUUUAAGAAGCCCUCCUGUUCUCCACUCAUUACCUGUAUUAACUGCACCUGUUUGAACUUGUUACCUGUAUAAAAGACACCUGUCCACACACUCAAUCAAACAGACUCCAACCUCUCCACAAUGGCCAAGACCAGAGAGCUGUGUAAGGACAUCAGGGAUAAAAUUGUAGACCUGCACAAGGCUGGGAUGGGCUACAGGACAAUAGGCAAGCAGCUUGGUGAGAAGGCAACAACUGUUGGCGCAAUUAUUAGAAAAUGGAAGAAGUUCAAGAUGAUGGUCAAUCACCCUCGGUCUGGGGCUCCAUGCAAGAUCUCACCUCGUGGGGCAUCAAUGAUCAUGAGGAAGGUGAGGGAUCAGCCCAGAACUACACGGCAGGACCUGGUCAAUGACCUGAAGAGAGCUGGGACCACAGUCUCAAAGAAAACCAUUAGUAACACACUACGCCGUCAUGGAUUAAAAUCCUGCAGCGCACGCAAGGUCCCCCUGAUCAAGCCAGCACAUGUCCAGGCCCGUCUGAAGUUUGCCAAUGACCAUCUGGAUGAUCCAGAGGAGGAAUGGGAGAUGGUCAUGUGGUCUGAUGAGACAAAAAUAGAGCUUUUUGCUCUAAACUCCACUCGCUGUGUUUGGAGGAAGAAGAAGGAUGAGUACAACCCCAAGAACAACAUCCCAACGUGAAGCAUGGAGGUGGAAACAUCAUUCUUUGGGGAUGCUUUUCUGCAAAGGGGAUAGGACGACUGCACCGUAUUGAGGGGAGGAUGGAUGGGGCCAUGUAUCGCGAGAUCUUGGCCAACAACCUCCUUCCUUCAGUAAGAGCAUUGAAGAUGGGUCGUGGCUGGGUCUUCCAGCAUGACAACGACCCAAACACACAGCCAGGGCAACUAAGGAGUGGCUCUGUAAGAAGCAUCUCAAGGUCCUGGAGUGGCCUAGCCAGUCUCCAGACCUGAACCCAAUAGAACAUCUUUGGAGGGAGCUGAAAGUCCGUAUUGCCCAGCGACAGCCCCGAAACCUGAAGGAUCUGGAGAAGGUCUGUAUGGAGGAGUGGGCCAAAAUCCCUUGCUGCAGUGUGUGCAAACCUGGUCAAGACCUACAGGAAACGUAUGAUCUCUGUAAUUGCAAACAAAGGUUUCUGUACCAAAUAUUAAGUUCUGCUUUUCUGAUGUAUCAAAUACUUAUUGUCAUGCAAUAAAAUGCAAAUUAAUUACUUAAAAAUCAUACAAUGUGAUUUUCUGGAUUUUUGUUUUAGAUUCCAUCUCGUACAGUUGAAGUGUACCUGUGAUAAAAAUUACAGACCUCUACAUGCUUUGUAAGUAGGAAAACCUGCAAAAUCGGCAGUGUAUCGGCAGUGUAUCGGCAGUGGGGCGGCAGGUAGCUUAGUGGUUAAGAGCGUUGUGCCAGUAACCGAAAGGUCGCUGGUUCUAAUCCCCGAGCCGACUAGGUGAAAAAUCUGUCGAUGUGCCCUUGAGCAAGGCACUUAACCCUAAUUGCUCAUGUAAGUCGCUCUGGAUAAGAGCGUCUGCUAAAUGACUAAAACGUAAACGUAUCAAAUACUUGUUCUCCCCACAGUAUUAUCACUUGUGAAUGAUGCCCAGCUUGUGUGCAGUAAGGGAAGAAACAGCGCCUCAUGUAGCAUAGCCCAUAGGCCUAUAUGUUUUGAUAAGGUUUGUGUCACAAAAUCACAAACUAAAAUUAAGCACAUUAAUCCGCUUUACAACGGGUGUAGAGCCUAACUGGCAUACAUACGCAGCGCGUGAGUUUCAAGUUUGGGGAAGAUAAUUUUCACCAUAAAAAUGCACCUUUUAUAAUAAAAGCAUUACAUGCAUAAUCGCAUUUGCGGUCACUUGAGAAUGGUGUUUUCCUGCUAGUUGAUUGCAUUUUGGAACAUUCGCGCUUAUAGACUACUGCCGUGUGCACAUUGCUGCGCAUAUAAUGUGAAGAAAUAGCCUAAUAGUUUAUCAACAUUUUAAGCUAAACGUUCUGAUCUGAUGCGUCAGCCUCAUUGCUUAAAAAAUGUUUUUUGAUACUAGUGGUUGUAUUAAUUUGGGAUCUAUCGCAUCCCACAACUGUCCCAGACUAUGUUUGGAAUAUUUAUUUAACGCACAGUAUAGAAUAGGUCGACUUUUGUGCUAUGGGGGAUAGGCUGCCUAUGUCAAUCUACUAUGUAAAUCUACUAUCCCCCAUAGAAUAAAAGCUGAUAGGUUACUGCUUCUGCUGUUCGUUAGGCUUGUUGGCUGACGAAAAGUAAAUGUGGACAGUUCUUCCAAUAUCUUCAAUGUGCGCCUCGGAAUUGGAUAAUGACGCGCGUAGUUGCGUCCCCGAUGUGUCUGUCUUCACUUGUAGCCUGUGAGAAAGACCCGAUCAUUUGACAGGCAUUGGCUAAUAAGAAUUGAGCUGUCUGAGAGAGCCAUGUGAGAGAGAGGUGCUUCGGAGCAUGCAGCCGGGAGAAGGGAAUUAUAAUUAUUAUAUUCAGCCCAAGGGCACAACGGCCACUGGCCGCAAAAGGCAUUUUUGUAGGGGGCAUUACGGUCACACAAAGGGGAUGCCGCUGGGAAAUUCGAGGGAUUAUCAAGUGCUCGUCAAAUUGUGAAUGAGAGACUGCUGAAAUGUGUGCAGCCUGCGCAAAUAACAAAGGAGAGUUCAUGACUUUUCAUGCAACUUUUUUUCAAAUCAUCAUUAGAGUCGCAUCAUGCAGCCUUAGAAUGUAUUAAAAAUACAAACGUUGGGCUAUAUGUUUUGAUCACAACUAAAGUUGCAUAAAUAACUCUAAAUUAAGCAUAUAGGAAGACUUGUUUCUUUGUUAACCGCUCAACACAGAAUAGCUGCAUGUGCACACUCCCAGAAAUACUUUCUAUUUUAUUCAGCUAUGUUCAAUUGCAUUCUUCAUACUAUAAAAUAAUAUAAAAUAAUGCCAUGGAAUUCUAAGCAAAUCUUGUCUGCUAAAUGAACUAGUGUAGCCCACAGCCAUAUGGCAUAGCCAUAUCAGGGCCUAACAUAAAGACAAGGAGUAUGCUAUUCUGUUAUUCUGAAAUAGACUACAUCUUCAUAUCAUGUUUCUUUAGACCUGUCUAAAAUACAUAAAAUAUUUAUUGUGAUGGUGGAUGCUAUGGAUUAAUUAGACUUCCAAAGGUCUGCAUCAGUGGCUUGUAGGCUAUGCGUGGAUGCCAGGAGAUGCUAAAUGUGUUUAUGUUAAUUAACGGUCAAUUACCGUGAGACCGGCAGUUAUUUGCUUGACAAUCACCGGCUUACAAAAUAUCAUGACCACCACACACACACAGACACACACACACACACACAGAGAGACACACACAUACACACAAGCUUUGCCUAUGCAAAGCUAUGGAUGCAGGGCUAUGCAAAAUCUAGCCAACAAAUAGUCCUUCUCUGUCAUGACAACAAAGCAUUGCCUAAACAGUUUGCAAAUACAAAUAAAACCUUGAAAGAGUUUAGUGACAAAUCCUUUACCCCUGCAUCAUCAAGUCAGAAUAUUUCAAAACCUUUGCACUCCACAGUAUCCACAGAAAUGCUUUGUUUGGGAACUAUGAAUUGAAGAAAGGAUGACUUUGAAGCAUAGGAUAAAGGCAGAGUGAUUAUCUCUGGCCUUGUAUUCUUCAUUGUGCUUGAGACAGUGUCAGUCAGUGAAUGACUCUUGUUUCAUUGCAUGAAAGCUAUCUUGCUCUUAUUGGAGCCAGACUGGACUCUCAUUGAUUAAAGAUGACCUCAUCUGUUUACUAUGAGAUUCAACGUCCUCCUUGGGUGCACACACACACUCACACACACACACACACACACAGUUGUCUGACUGGCUGUAAUACAGAUGGAUGCAUUGGGCAGGAUAUUUAUAUUUAUAUCUAUUUGCAUCACAUAUAUUUGCAUCACAUUUUAUUUAACCUUUAUUUAACCCGGAAAAGCCCAUUGCGACCCAGAGUCUCUUUUUCAAGAGUCUCUUUUUGCAUCACAUACACUACCAGUCAAAUGUUUGGACACACUUACUAAUUCCACGGUUUUUCUUUAUUUUUACCGUUUUAUACAUUGUAGAAUAAUAGUGAAGACAUCAAAACUAUGAAAUAAAACAUAUGGAAUCAUGUAGUAACCAAAAAAGUGUUAAACAAAUCAAAAUAUAUUUUGAUAUAGUAGCCACCCUUUGCCUUGAUGACAGCUUUGCACACUCUUGGCAUUCUCUCAACCAUAUUCAUGAGGUAGUCACCUGGAAUGCAUUUCAAUUAACAGGUGUGCCUUCUUAAAAGUUAAUUUGUGGAAUUUCUUUCCUUCUUAAUAUGUUUGAGCCAAUCAGUUGAGUUGUGACAAGGUAGUGGUGGUAUACAGAAGAUAGCCCUAUUUGGUAAAAGACCAAGUCCAUAUUAUGGCAAGAACAGCUCAAAUAAGCAAAGAGAAACGACAGUCCAUCAUUACUUUAAGACAUGAAGAUCAGUCAAUCCGGAAAAUGUCAAGUUCAGUCGCAAAAACCAUCAAGCGCUAUGAUGAAACUGGCUCUCAUGAGGACCGCAACAGGAAAGGAAGACCCAGAGUUACCUCUGCUGCAGAGGAUAAGUUCAGUAGAGUUAACUGCACAUCAGAUUGCAGCCCAAAUAAAUGUUUCACAGAGUUCAAGUAACAGACACACCUCAACAUCAACUGUUCAGAGGAGACUGAGUGAAUCAUGCCUUCAUGGUCGAUUGCUUCAAAGAAACCACUACUAAAGGACACCAAUAAGAAGAAGAGACUUGCUUGGGCCAAGAAACAUGAGCAAUGUACAUUAGACCAGUGAAAAUGUGUUCUUUGGUCUGAUGAGUCCAAAUUUGAGAUUUUUGGUUCCACUAACCCUAUAUAUUUGCUUCAUCUAUGCAUUUGCAUCAGAUGUACCCAGGGCUAAAAUCAAUAGAUCCAUAGUUUCUACCCUCUUCAGGGUCCUGUAUCUCACAAAGGUGAACGGAUGAUCUCCGCAUGUGUGGUUCCCAGCGUGAAGCAUGGAGGAGGAGGUGUGAUGAUGUGGGGGUGUUUGCUGGUGACACUGUCUGAUUCAUUUAGAAUUCAAGGCACACUUUACCAGCAUGGCUACCACAGCAUUAUGCAGCGAUACGCCAUCCCAUUUGGUUUGUGCUUAGUGGGACUAUAAUUUGGUUUUCAACAGGACAAUGACCCAAAACACAUCUCCAGGCUGUGUAAGGGCUAUUUGACCAGGGAGAGUGAUGGAGUGCUGCAUCAGAUGACCUGGCCUCCACAAUCACCCGACCUCAACCCAAUUGAGAUGGUUUGGGAUGAGUUUGACUGCAGAGUAAAGGAAAAGCAGCCAACAAGUGCUCAGCAUAUGUGGGAACUCCUUCAAGACUGUUGGAAAAGCAUUCCUCAUGAAGCUGGUUGAGAGAAUACCAAGAGUGUGCAAAGCUGUCAUCAAGGCAAAGGAUGGCUACUUUGAAGAAUAUAAAAUAUAAUAUAUAUUUUGAUUUGUUUAACACUUUUUUGGUUACUACAUGAUUCCAUAUGUGUUAUUUCAUAGUUUUGAUGUCUUCACUAUUAUUCUACAAUGUAUAAAAAAAAAUAAAAAAAUAAAGACUAACCCUUGAAUGAGUAGGUGUGUCCAAACUUUAGACUGGUACUAUAUAUUUGCUUAAUCUAUACAUUUGCAUCCAUCAGAUGUACCCAGGGCUAAAAUCAAUAGAUCCAUAGUUUCUACCCUCUUCAGGGUCCUAGAUGUUCUGUUAGCUUCUGUAGAGCAAGGAGAGUAGUGGUAAACUAGUCUCCCCAGUGGUCGAUGGCAGUAUAUUUAUUCUAUAUGCAGAGAAAGAGAGAGGGGGGGGGGGGGGGGGGUUGUUAUUGAUCAAUGAUGUAAUGCAAGGUGAAUGAUUCAUGUCAGACUGGGAAAAAGAGAGACGCCAACCUCUGUCACCAGGGGAUGGAGAGAUGAGGGAGGAGAAAACAGGGGACAGAGGCGGGAGGAGAGAAGUGGGGGGUAUGGAACUUGAGGGGGGAGAGAAGUGGGGGGUAUGGAACUUGAGGAGUGCUGGAUGGGAAAAGGAGAUUGAAAAUAGGGGUUAUCAAAUCACAUACACGUGUUUAGCAGAUGUUAUUGUGGGUGUAGCGAAAUGCUUGUGCUUCUAGCUCUGACAGUGCAGUAAUAUCUAACAAUUUCACAACAUGAGUGUUUAUGAGGGAGGGAGAGGUAGGGGAGAUGGAGAGAGGAGGAUACAUACAGUAAAACUGACAUUCCAUGGAGUGAGAGAGUGGGAGGGAGGCGAAAGGAAAAUAGAGACAUAAAAAGAGAGAACUAUAGGGAGAGAGAACAAGAGAGAGAUGAAGAGAGUGUGUAGCCUAUAAUUAAUUACAUACAGUGCUCUGUACUGCCACAUCAUGUAAUGAAACCACUUCCGUCUGUAAGAGGGCCAGAAAUAGACUGGGAAGGACUUAUUGAGAAUUAUAAACUUGGUGGUUCGAGCCCUGAAUGCUGAUUGGCUGAAAGCCGUGGUAUAUCAGACCGUGUAACACGGGUAUGACAAAACAUUUCAUUUUACUGCUCUAAUUACAUUGGUAACCAGUUUAUAAUAGCAAUAAGGCACCUCAGGGGUUUGUGGUAUAUGGCCAGUAUACCACGGCUAAAGGCGUUGUAUCGUGCCUAAGAACAGCCCUUAGCCGUGGUAUAUUGGCCAUAUACCACACCCCCUUGGGCCUUAUUGCUUAAAUAGAGCACUGUGUCAUUAACAUGUAAAAGGAUGUACUUUACCAUCGGGGAGGUGAUUUUUUUCUCCCUGUCAUCUUUUCUUUGACUUCCUCUCUCAUACACUCUCUUUCAGCUAAAGCCCCUCUCUUUCUGUCUCACUUUCUCUCUCCCUCAGUCUGCUUGGUAUUUCUUUAUUACACCAGAGAGUUAUUUCUCCUCCUUUCUCUCUUGUUCUCUCUCCCACCUCUUCCAUAUCUCUUUGUAUCUCUCGCUCUCGCUCUCUCUCUCUUUCACUGACCCUUUUGUCUGAGUUUGUCUGGUGUGUCUCUAUCUACCCAGGGUACAGAGAAGGGUUUCUAUGGAAACGGGGCAGAGACAAGGGUCAGUUCCUCAGUCGGAAAUUCAUCCUGUCAGAACGAGAGGGGGCGCUCAAGUACUUCAGCAAGCAGGAGGUAAGGCUGGAGUCAACACAAAUGCUCCCGCACAUAAAUACAAGCAUGUUCCUAGGAAAUGUAAUCUGCAGCUAGUUUAUGCUACUACCUUUCAAGUUAACCAUCUCAAGUUAAACAUGAAUACUUGUAUAGCAGGCUAUGCACAGUAUACAGGCAUGUGUCUACAAGGAAACUAAAACAAAUGCCUCAAAAGACAUCAUCCCCUUACCUAUCUGUUUGUGUUUACUGUAAACAUACAGUAUGUAUUAUUCUAUAACAAGUUAUAUGUAUGGUGAUUAAGAGGGGUUGGGUUAAAUGUGGAAGACACGUUUUGAAUGCAUUCCGUUGUGCAACUGACUAGGUAUCCCCCCGCCACCCCCCCUGUAUUUAUGUACUGUACAGUUUGUGUAUCUCCCCCAGGCGCGGGACCCCAAGGCGGUAAUGAAGAUCGAGACUCUCAACGCCACGUUCCAGCCGGCUAAGAUAGGCAACCCCUACGGCCUGCAGAUCACCUACCUUAGAGACAACAGCACCAGGAACAUCUUUGUCUACCACAGCGACUCUAAGGUGACGCAUAUGGGUGACUGCGACAAAAGGGACUCUGGGCAAUAUUGAUGUAGCCUGGUCCAAGAUCUGUUUAUGCUGGUAUAGCCAAUUCCUAUGGUCUCAUGUGUAAAUGCACUGAAUCGUUAGAGAUAUUAUGCAUGAUGAAUCAACAUUUCAAUGGUACACCCAAUAUGCUUCUGUUCCUCAUAUCAUGAAACACUGAUUUAGUCUGUUCAACUAAAUCUGAUUGUACUAUUUCAGUGUCUAGCUAGGUCUAAUGGAGAUGGGCUGUUUUGGAUAACUGAGUGAGAGUGGAAAUGAAAAUGUCUGUUUAAUCAGUAGACAUCAGUCUUCACAGUGACAAACAGCUGUACUCAGUACAUGUAAUCUGGUCAGUGGAACUGGUUAGAGAAAUGUGGAGGUAGUUGUGUUCACACAAAGGGCUGCUGGCUGGCUGGCAUGCACAUAGGCUGUUUUUCUCUGAGGGUUUACUGCUGAGCACACCAGAUGAUCAUCUCUCUCAGUAGUGAGUCAGCCUUCUCUGUUGUCGUCACUAGUUACCACAGCCACAAAGUCAUAAACUCCGCCUAUUUCUACAAUUUAUCUUCUUAAAAUUUGAUUUCAAACCUAACCCUAACCUUGAGCCCAACCCUAACCACACUGGUAACCUUAUGCCUAACCUUAAAUGAAAACCAAAAAGCUCAUGUUUGUUUUCAUGAAUUUUACGAUAUAGACAAUUUUGUGACUUUGUGGUUGUGGUAACUAGUGAAAACCCUUCUCUGGCGGAUGAAAGGCACAGAUAGUACAGCCCCCUCUGUUGGUCAACAGACACAAUAGCAGACUUGAACAGAACAGCAAUAGUAAAGCUGCCAUGUCAUGAUAUAAUCAUAGCUGCGGAAAGUAGUUUGAGGAUGGGGGUGCUGCGGUUUAUUCGCAGCAAAUACAGGACUAGUAAAGGCCCAAUGCACUACAACUAAAUGUACUUACUUGAUACGUGUUUUCCAGUUUCUUGAAAUACUUUGCAAAUGCAACUUAUUUCUAUGUGAACUGAAAUUGUCUAUUCAUUCCUUUUACAUUUUAGUAGAUGCUUUUAUCCAGAGCAACUUACAGUAGUGAGUGCAUACAUUUUCAUACUUUUUCGUACUGGUCCUCCGUGGGAAUUGAACCCACAACCCUGGCGUUGCAAGCACCAUGCUCUACCAACUGAGCCACAUCAUCACAAACCACUUGAUGUCUCAGUGUACUCAAUUACUGUAUUGUGCAUAUUUUUUCUUCAUGGUGAUGGAAAGUCUACAGGUACAAUACCUAGAUGACCAGCCUAUGUACAAUACAGUAAUGUGCAUUUACAUUUAGUGGCAUGUAAGGAUGGUAAAUUAAUACUUUUCCAUGUUAUUUGCUAAAAAAAUGUUUUAAUUUUAUGUGGAUGUUUUGGGUCUUUGCCCAUAACUUUGCACCUUUUUGAUGUACAUGUUUGAGGACAGGGUUUUGUUCUUUCUGGAUUCCAUUCAACUCUUACAAUUCCAACUUUUGAAUCCUGCAAGACACUGUUCUUAAUUAUACAACUACCUUUUCUGCCAAAGCGGAGAAGCUGAAAAAAAUGUUUCCCCCACGCUACAGACAUCUAUUGGUCUGCUAAUACAGGACUAGUGCACUACUUUUGUGAGAAAAAUAAAAUCAUAUUUUUAUGGGGGGUGGUAUUAAUAUAUAUUUUUUUAUUCUGAUUUUUCAGGGGGUGCUGCAGUACCCUCAGCACCUCCUACUUCCCGUGGCAAUGGAUAUAAUAGCUUAAUCAUGUCUCAUAAUGUUCUAUACUGUAGCAGGUUUACUUUAUUCUCAAUGUAGAGAUGACUCUGAAUAAGACAUGUAUCUGACUAGGAUGCGCUUGUGUCUUUGUUUUGGUAGGAAAUGGUGGACUGGUUCAACGCUAUCAGAGCUGCCAGGUUUCAUUACCUUCAGGUGGCCUUCCCUGGAGCCAGUGACGAGGAGGUGAGGCCACAACGUAUACAGGACUUUGAAAUGACUAUGACCACUAUUAAACACCAAAUUAGACAAUAAUAUAUUGUUUUCUCUCUUGUCUUCUCCUUCAGCUGGUGCCCAAACUGACUCGUAGCUUCAUGAAGGAAGGCUUCAUGGAGAAAACAGGCCCAAAACACACCGAGGGCUUUAAGAAGAGGUGGUUCACCAUGGAUGACAGGAGACUCAUGUACUUCAAAGAUCCUCUGGUGAGGAGACAGAUAGCAUCACACCCUACACUAAAAUAACUGAUCCAUUCUGAAUUAACCCUACUCCUCAUAACUUUCUAUUCUGCGACAUACUUCUUCUCUCUCUUUCUCUCUCUUUCUCCCCGCCUCUCUCCCCCUCCUCUCUCAGGAUGCCUAUGCGAGGGGAGAGGUUUUCAUCGGCAGUAAGGAGAACAGCUACACGGUGCUCCCAGGCCUUCCCCCCUCCACCCAGGGCUACCACUGGAACCAUGGCAUCACCAUAGUAACACCAGACAGGAAGUUCCUGUUUGCCUGCGAGACGGAGGCGGAGCAGAGGGACUGGAUCACUGCCUUCCAGAGGGUUAUCAACAGACCAAUGAGACCACAGGAGUACGCAGGUUAGUCAGGAAGAUGCAUUACACAGGUGUAAUCAAAAGUACAGUUCUCAAAAGUAUGCACUACAUUAGGUGUACUCUGGAGUAUGCAUUUAUGCAGAUGUUGCAUCUUUGCAGUAAUGUUUGCAGGGUAUGUACAACACCAAAUGUAACUAGUCAAGGUCUCACAAGCAGUUGCUUGGUUGAAGCUAGUGUUUUAUGGCAAGGCUGAAACAAAAGCCUGAACACCAGGUAACUCCUUAGCUCCAGGGUUGGUAUUAAUCACUAUAAUUAUAGAUUGAUGUUGUGUUUUUAGAGGUACAUGCCUUAUCUUAAUUUGACCCUGCUUCUCACAGCAGGAAAAUAAUCCUGCAGCAACAGGAUAUUUGAAUUAUUAUUUUUAUUAUGAUUAAUGGAAAAAUGUUUUAGGGGUUGAUACAUUUUUUGUUAGGGCAAAUCAAGUCCGACAUUUUAAAGUGGAAAUUACAAACUUUAGAAGCCUUUUUAAACCUUGAAUACACUACAAGUUUGCAUUUCCUGCUAUGCAGAAAAAUUCCUGCAACAACAGGAUGAUCAAAUUAAGAUACAGCAUCUGUAGUCCAAAGCAGAGUAAUGUGUGAUUACCUCUUUAUGUACAGUGUCUAUAUGCAUCUCUAUGUGAUUGUAUCUCAAUGUUUUGGUACCACUAACUGUUUUUUUGCUCUUCACCGUGCAGUGGAGGCCCACUUUAAACACAAGCCCUGA